CCAGCGGCCGGGCGCGCGCCGCGGUCGCAAGCUGCUGACGUGGGCCGCCGGGACGGGGAGCGGGGGUGUGGGUCGCUAUGGCGGUGGAUAUCACGCUGCUGUUCCGGGCCAGCGUCAAGACCGUGAAGACGCGCAACAAGGCGCUGGGAGUGGCAGUGGGCGGCGGGGUCGAUGGCAGCCGCGACGAGCUGUUCCGCCGGAGCCCCCGGCCCAAGGGCGACUUCUCCGGCCGGGCGCGGGAAGUGAUUUCACACAUUGGCAAACUGAGAGAUUUUCUUCUGGAACACAGGAAAGAUUAUAUUAAUGCUUAUAGCCAUGUCAUGUCUGAAUAUGGAAGGAUGACAGACACAGAGCGAGACCAGAUUGACCAGGAUGCGCAGACAUUCAUGAGGACCUGCUCUGAAGCAAUUCAGCAGCUGAGAACUCAAGCGCACAAGGAGAUGCCCUCCCAGCAAGUGAAGGAGCACAGGAGCGUGGUUCUGGAUUUCAUCGAAGAUUACUUAAAAAGAGUAUGUAAACUUUACUCAGAACAGAGAGCCAUCCGCGUUAAACGAGUGGUGGAUAAGAAAAGACUAGCGCUGCAGGUGGACCCCCUGAGCCCAUCACGCAGCACGUUGCCCAUCCUGGUCUGGGGAAGCCGCUCACCGAGGGCUGCUGGAUCUAAGCUGGAACCAGAACCACAUACAAAGACAAGAGAAUCCAUGUCCUCUGAGAAAGUUUCACAGAAUCCUUCACAAGACUCUGAAGAAAAACCUGUCACUGAAGAAUAUCCAGAGAAAGUUCCGGCUGAAUCGCAACCUGAACUGGGCACCUGGGGAGAUGGCAAAGGUGACGAUGAAUUAUCCCCAGAAGAAAUACAAAUGUUUGAACAAGAAAACCAGCGCCUAAUUGGUGAAAUGAACAGCCUGUUUGAUGAAGUGAGGCAAAUCGAAGGGAGAGUGGUUGAAAUUUCCAGACUCCAAGAGAUAUUCACAGAGAAGGUUUUACAACAGGAAGCCGAGAUCGACAGCAUUCACCAGUUAGUUGUCGGGGCAACCGAGAAUAUCAAGGAGGGUAAUGAAGACAUCAGAGAGGCCAUUAAAAACAACGCCGGCUUCCGCGUGUGGGUCCUCUUCUUCCUGGUGAUGUGCUCCUUCUCCCUGCUCUUCCUGGACUGGUACGACGGCUAGCCUGUCCCCGCUGCUCCUGGCAGACGGCGCGCCCUUGAGGGUCUCCAGCAGCGGAGCGGGGCUGCGAGCAGAUUGUAUCAUGAGCCGUUGGGGGGAAGGGGGCUGGGACAGAUGGACACUCUCACGAAGGGACACCCACACCUGUGGUUUAAGCCCAUUUGGUAGCUGAGAAAGAAAAUAAGGAACACAAAGGGAAAGGGGCCUGUGUAGCGAAACUGACGCAAGGUGGGGGGUGGGGGUGGGGGCGGUUCCGGUUCCGGCUGCACCGGAGACCAUGUGGAGGGGCUGCCUGGAGGCCGGGCUCAGGGAGGCUCCUGCCUUGGCCUUCUGGUGGCUUCGGGAAGAGCGCUGGCUAGUAACUUCACAACAAUGAUCAUUUCUUUGUUUCCUGUGGCGUCUUAUCUGCCUGAGCCCUGUGAUAGUCACCGUAUUCUAGAGAACGCCCCUUUGCCCUGUUAAUGUAAUAAAUGCAACUAGAGCUCCUUCGUGUCCUGUCAGCGGGUCUGAGCAGAGAUGUGCAGCGGACGCCUGCCUGCCGGGUGGGGCAGAAGUGUGGGGACAGACUCUGGCCACUUGGCAAGGGGCCCCUGGGGCCCAAGGAGCUUUUGUCCAGAGCAGGAACCUGGCCUGCGGCUCCUGGACUGUGCGCCUGACCGUCGAGGAAACAGGAGCGCCUGUUUGCAGUGGGGAGCCCAAGACUUCUGGAGCCACGUCUGUGCAGAAAGCACGCAGGUGUUCGCGGGGCCGCACCCCCAUGUGCGUGCGGAUGGCUCCCCCGUGUGCGGUACGAGUCUGUGUUCCUUGCGUGCCCAGUCAAAGUGUCAGAAGUUACCUGCGAGUGAAUUUACAUCAAUAAAAUGUCUACUAGACGCACA